AUGCACCACCUACAUACCGAAUUCGCCAGGUGUGAAUUGUCCCCAUCAAUAGUUCAAGAUGUCGGAUGUACGCCCUCCAAACGAGCAUGGCAGUUACCGGGGGACCAGCCAUGGCAUGUGCCAUUCCCAUCUCCACCUCCGACUCCCAAUCAUGAUCCCACUUCAUCUGGAAGUGAGGCUGAGAGCAGUGAUCCGCUUGACAAAAUCUCAGCCGUCAAGCACGACCUCCAAUAUUUGUCUAAGGCAACAGAUUGGUGGGAGACUAAAUGUGAUAUUCAUGGCCAAGUUAUGGGAAAUUUGGCCAACAAGUUGAACAAAGCAUAUGCUGGAGAAGUGAAGCAAACUUUAAAAGCAAACAGUCGGAGCAAAGAGUUAGAGUCGUUGAAGUUGAAAUUGGAAGAGAUAAAGAAAAAUGCCGUCGAUAAAUUCACCAAAUCUGAAGAAUAUAACCAUGAAAUGGUUGAAUGUUUCAACAACGGCUUCGAAAUGUUCCGAGAUUAUGCGUCGGUCAUCUCACCAGACUACAAUUGGAGUGAAAUUGAUGUACCUGGUGUCUGGCAGGUGCUGAAUAUGGGUGCUGAGGGAAUGGCUCAUCAUAGCCUCGUGCAUGCAGCGAGGAGAAAGCCCAAAGACAUUGAUCUUUUCAUGGACCUGUAG